AUGUACCUCCACCCCCCACGUGCCUCCACCCCCAACGUGCCUCCACCUCCACGUGCCUCCACCCCCCACGUGCCUCCACCCCCCACGUGCCUUCACCCCCAACGUGCCUCCACCCCCCCCGUGCCUCCACCCCUCACGUGCCUCCACCCCCAACGUGCCUCCACCCCCCACGUACCUCCACCCCCCACGUGCCUCCACCCCCAACGUGCCUCCAUCCCCACGUGCCUCCACCCCCAACGUGCCUCCACCCCCCAAGUGCCUCCUCCCCCAACGUGCCUCCACCCCCCACGUGCCUCCAUCCCCACGUGCCUCCACCCCCAACGUGCCUCCACCACCCAAGUGCCUCCACCCCCAACGUGCCUCCACCCCCCACGUGCCUCCAUCCCCACGUGCCUCCACCCCCAACGUGCCUCCACCCCCAACGUGCCUCCACCCCCAACGUGCCUCCACCCCCAACGUACCUCCACCCCCAACGUGCCUCCAAACCCAACGUGUUUCCACUUCCACGUGCCUCCACCCCCCACGUGCCUCCACCCCCCACGUGCCUCCACCCCCAACGUGCCUCCACCCCCCACGUGCCUCCAUCCCCACGUGCCUCCACCCCCAACGUGCCUCCACCCCCCAAGUGCCUCCACCCCCAACGUGCCUCCACCCCCCACGUGCCUCCAUCCCCACGUGCCUCCACCCCCAACGUGCCUCCACCCCCCAAGGGCCUCCACCCCAACGUGCCUCCACCCCCCACGUGCCUCCAUCCCCACGUGCCUCCAUCCCCACGUGCCUCCACCCCCCACGUGCCUCCAUCCCCACGUGCCUCCACCCCCAACGUGCCUCCACCCUCAACGUGCCUCCACCCCCAACGUGCCUCCACCCCCCACGUGCCUCCAUCCCCACGUGCCUCCACCCCCAACGUGCCUCCACCCUCAACGUGCCUCCACCCCCAACGUGCCUCCACCCCCCACGUGCCUCCAUCCCCACGUGCCUCCACCCCCAACGUGCCUCCACCCUCAACGUGCCUCCACCCCCAACGUGCCUCCACCCCCCACGUGCCUCCAUCCCCACGUGCCUCCACCCCCAACGUGCCUCCACCCUCAACGUGCCUCCACCCCCAACGUGCCUCCACCCCCCAAGUGCCUCCACCCCCAACGUGCCUCCACCCCCCACGUGCCUCCAUCCCCACGUGCCUCCAUCCCCAACGUGCCUCCACCCCCAACGUGCCUCCACCCCCAACGUGCCUCCACCCCCCACGUGCCUCCAUCCCCACGUGCCUCCAUCCCCAACGUGCCUCCACCCCCAACGUGCCUCCACCCCCAACGUGCCUCCACCCCCAACGUGCCUCCACCCCCAACGUGCCUCCACCCCCAACGUGCCUCCACCCCCAACGUGCCUCCACCUCCACGUUCCUCCACCCCCAACGUGCCUCCACCCUCAACGUGCCUCCACCCCCAACGUGCCUCCACCCCCAACGUGCCUCCACCUCCACGUUCCUCCACCCCCAACGUGCCUCCACCCCCAACGUGCCUCCACCCCCAACGUGCCUCCACCCCCAACGUGCCUCCACCUCCACGUUCCUCCACCCCCAACGUGCCUCCACCCCCAACGUGCCUCCACCCCCAACGUGCCUCCACCCCCAACGUGCCUCCACCCCCCACGUGCCUCCACCCCCAACGUGCCUCCACCCCCCACGUGCCUCCACCCCCAACGUGCCUCCACCCCCAACGUGCCUCCACCCCCAACGUGCCUCCACCCCCAACGUGCCUCCACCCCCAACGUGCCUCCACCCUCAACGUGCCUCCACCCCCAACGUGCCUCCACCCCCCACGUGCCUCCAUCCCCACGUGCCUUUACCCCCAACGUGCCUCCACCCCCAACGUGCCUCCACCCCCAACGUGCCUCCACCCCCAACGUGCCUCCACCCUCAACGUGCCUCCUCCCCCAACGUGCCUCCACCCCCAACGUGCCUCCACCCCCAACGUGCCUCCACCCCCAACGUGCCUCCACCCCCCACGUGCCUCCAUCCCCACGUGCCUUUACCCCCAACGUGCCUCCACCCCCAACGUGCCUCCACCCCCAACGUGCCUCCACCCCCAACGUGCCUCCACCCCCAACGUGCCUCCACCCCCAACGUGCCUCCACCCCCAACGUGCCUCCACCCCCAACGUGCCUCCACCCCCCAAGUGCCAUUCUCAGGUCUGA